AUGUCCUACACUGACUUCUCCAAGCUUGAGACUCUAUCUGCCUUGAACAAGGUCCUGGCCAACCAGUCCUACGUCGAGGGUACCGAGGCCUCCCAGGCUGACGUCACCGCGUACAACAGCUUCAAGAAGGCGUACCCAAACUUCACCAGGUGGGCCAACCACAUCGCUGCCAAGGCCGAUGAGUUUGCCUCCUUCCCAGCUGCCUCUGGUGCUGAUGCCGCUGCCGAGGACGACGACGAGGACGUCGACCUGUUCGGUUCCGAUGACGAAGAAGCCGACGCUGAGGCCGAGAGAGUCAAGGCGGAGAGAAUUGCUCAGUACAACGCCAAGAAGGCCAGCAAGCCACCUAAGCCAGCUGCCAAGUCCAUUGUCACCAUGGAUGUCAAGCCAUGGGAUGACGAGACCGACAUGGACCAAUUGACCGCCAACGUCACCGCCAUCGAAAUGGACGGGUUGAACUGGGGUGCUCACAAGUUGAUUCCAAUCGGGUUCGGUAUCAAGAAGUUGCAAAUCAACUGUGUUGUCGAGGACGACAAGGUCUCUCUAGACGAAUUGCAACAACAGAUUGAAGAAGAUGAGGACCAUGUCCAAUCCACCGACAUCGCAGCCAUGCAAAAGUUGUAA